AUGCCCAUUUGACGGCGGGAUUUUCCGUUAGGAUAAAACGGCGGGUGUCUCAAAGCGGGCGUCUCGACAAACACGUACGGACCCUCUGGGCGACUCACCGACGGUACGGAGCAGUGAUGAGCUCCAACUCCCAGUCCUCACCGCGCCGUUCCCGCGGCGGCAACAACGGCGGAGAGGAGCGGCCGAGGUACUUCGAUUUGAAGGCGAAGAGUAAGUGCUGGGCGAAGGCCGACGUCGUCCCGGGAAGGCACCCGGAUAGGUGGCGCAAGGACGCGGCCGGGAACAUCGUCUGCAAGCGGUUCUGCAACUGCCAGGGCUGCCUCUGCUUCGAGUACGACCACAUCGUCCCCUUCUCCAAAGGCGGUGAGUCCAGUGCUGAUAACUGUCAGAUUCUUCAAACGAGGGUGAACAGGUUUAAGUCGGACAAGGAGCAGGUGGAUAAAACUCAGCUCAAAGGAUACUCAUGUGAGAUCGAGUUUACAGAUAAAGAGCUUGACAUAAUCGAGAUGGCUGUUUAUGGGGACGUGAUCCGGCCAGGAAACCAGUGCCGCUGCAGGACUAUGGCCGAAAUGCUCGGUCAAUACAAGUCAAAAGACCGUGUGGCUGCUUGCAAGCUCCCUUACUCCAACGAAUCCUUGUAGUAGGAAAGGAUCAGAAUCUCUUGCUCUCCAUUUUCAUGCAACUAUGAAUGCAAACUUGUACGGGCUUACGAUGCAGAAGCCCGCAUUCAUUGCUCAUGUAUCCAUUUGAUGGUGCACAUGCCCAGAACCCAAGAACAAGCAUUUGAUUGCAAAACGACUUGUCCUUCCUUGAACAUCGUCCAGAGUUGGGGAAUUUUAUCAUUCUUACUGCUGUUUUUCUUCA